GAGGGGCCCAUUAAUAAAAGACAGCGCCGGCGCAGCCUCCACAGUCGCGGCGGACACCUCCAUUCCAAAAUGAGGACGCUGACUUUUACGUUGUGGGUGGUGCUCGCAUUCGCAGCAUCACUAGCUGUACCCAUACAAGAUGUGGAAAAGGACACCGAACUCUCCAGAGAGAAACGGUCACCAGGGGGCUGGCACUCACCACCACCAGAAGGAGUUUGGAAGAAAAAGCUCGUCUGGAAAGAAGAAUGGAAACAGAUUUGGAAAACAGAAAAGAAACUAAUUUGGAAAACUGAAUGGAAGAAAGAAAAAGUACCAGCUUGGAAAACAGAACAAGUCCAGCAAUGGAAAGAAGAAAAAGUACCCGCCUGGAAAGUAGUGCAGAAACCAAUCUGGAAGGAAGUCCAAGUCCCGAUAUGGAAGGAAGUUCAAGUACCAGACUGGAAGAAAGUAUGGAAACCAGUGUGGAAAGAAAUUCAAGUGCCUGUCACCAAAACCAUACAAGUACCCGAAUGGAAACAGUCAUACGUUCCUGCCUGGGUCAAGGAAGGAAUUCCCGGGGAAAAGUACCUAGGAAAGGACGAACAUGGCUGGGAAUACACUAGCCACGACUUAUGGAAGAAGAAAAUGAUCUGGAAGCCUGUAUGGAAGAAGAUAUGGAAGACUCAGCACAAACAGGAAUGGGUAACAGAGAAGAAACUGGAAUGGAAAGAGGAAUGGAAGCAGAUCUGGAGGACAGAAAAGAAGCAAGCUUGGGUAACUGAAAAGAAACAAGAGUGGAUCGAAGAGAAAGUCCAAAUCUGGAAGAUUGUUAAGAAGGAAGUUUGGGUACCUGUCCAGAAGAAAAUAUGGGUAGAAAAAUGGAAACAAAUCCAAGUACCUGUUUGGAAGACGAUAGAAGUACCGGCGUGGAAAAAGGUCUGGAAACCCGUCUGGCAAAAAGUCUGGGUGCCGGUACACCACGAACACCAUGAACACCACGGCUGGGACUGAAUACGUCCUGUCCAUGACAAAAUUCUGUACAUAUAUGUAGGAGUAACAGUUUUGGUCAUAGUCAUUUGUUAAAUAAUUGUUACCGAAAGAUACAAAGAGUUGUAAAUAUAUUAAGUAAAUACUCACGACACCAGUCUUAUGUAUUGGAUUGGUAAGUAAAACUAAUUAAAUAGAAUAAUUGGGCGUACGCGAAGGCGAAUGCUUUUGGCUUCCAGCGAUUGUUGAAUCGAGUUUAAAUUUUAAAUUGCAAGCGCGAAAUGUAUUUGGCUUUGCGUGCGCCACAGGAAGUGAACAUUACCAUUUACCAAAUUGUUUUAUAUUAUUCGUCCAUAAUAUUGGGUGUUCACAUCCUAACCCAUAUUUUGUUUCUUUUUAAAAACAGUCAAAUAAUGGAACGUCAUGCAGCUAUUAUUUGUAUGUUUAUAGUAUUUCUUAAGUCAACUUGAUUUGAAAUAAGUAUUAAGAUUACCAAAGUAAAAGGAAAAUUCAGUACCGGACAAAAUCAUUACAUUACUUAUUUCAAACUCAACAGGCUACAAAGAUUUAGUUAGGCUCUAAAAUGCUUAUAUUUUGUCGGAAAUGACAAUAACUUAAGCGUUUUUGUGUUGUUGUGUUUUUAAGAAAUCUCUAGUAAUUGAAAAUCAAAUUUUCUUUUUUUAUGUUGUUCGAUCUUAUACGAAAAUGUUUUUUAAUUACUAAUGAAACUGUAUUAAAAAUAACUGUCAAAGUAUUUUUUUUUCUCAAAGAAUAACUGUGCACUUUGACAUUUAUUGUUGAUCCAGAAUUGAUGAGGCUCAAAGAACGGGUAUGAGUCUGUGGAGGUGCUCAUAUCCAGGUUUUUGUAAGUACAAGUUUGUUUUUUAUUUUUAUUAUGUUGUGUCAGAUUAUUAAU